AUGCAUUCCGACAUCCAGUCGCUCAAGAUAUGCGUCAUUGGAGCCGGCAUGGGCGGGUUGACUUGUGGCCUCGCCCUCGCCCGUGCCGGCUUCAAGGACAUCACAAUCUAUGAAAUUGCGUCCAAUCUCGGCUUUGUUGGCGCCGGCAUCCAAAUGGCGCCCAACAUGGCUCGCAUUCUGGAUCGGCUCGGUGUGUGGGACGACAUCGCGAAAGAAGCUGUGGUGUUGAACGAGACGAGCAUCCGACAAGGAUCAACCGAUGCCGAGCUCGGGCACGUGGACUUGAAGUACAUCCGCGAGACGUAUGGCUUCCCGCACACGGUCGGGCAUCGGUCAACCCUCGCAAGCGAGCUCUACAACGGCUGCAAAAGAGAGUCGUCCAGCAUUAAAUUCAGCUUCGCCACGACAUGUGAGAACUUCAGGUUUGAGCCAAAACCAACGUUCACGGCGAUCCCACGCCGCGAUGGGGAGCCGUACGAGGUGCAGUGCGAUAUUCUGCUCGGCGCCGACGGCGUCAAAUCAAACACGCGGGUCGCGAUGCUCAAGGAGCUGAACGUGGAUGCAGAUAUCAAGGACACGGGUCAGGCGGCCUAUCGAAUCAUGCUCAGUCGGGAACAGAUGUCCUCGGAUCCGGACUUGCUGGCUCUCAUCGAGGCCGACAAGGUGAUACGCUGGAUCGGCGAGAAGAGACACAUCAUCGCAUACCCGGUGUCCAGCAAACAAAUAUACAAUAUUUCGACCACACAGCCAGACGUCAACUUCGCCGCCGCUCCGUCGGCCACGUACACGACCAAAGGUUCCAAAAAGGCCAUGCUGGAAGUCUUUGCCGAUUUUUGUCCCAUGAUCCACCGGAUGCUCGACCUGGUGCCGGAGGGGGAAGUGUGCGAAUGGAAACUGAGAGUCCAUGCGCCUCUCCCGACGUGGGUCAUGGGGUCCAUGGCGCUGGUCGGGGACGCGUGCCACCCGACGCUACCGCAUCUUGCGCAAGGAGCUGCACAGGCGAUCGAAGACGCUGCAGUCCUUGCCGUGGUCCUUUCCCACCUGCCGGCCGGCGCGACUCCUGUAGACAUUAACAAGGCUCUCAAGCUCUAUGAGAAGGUGCGCAAAGAACGUGCUGAGACCCUGGUUGAGCUCGCGGCAGCGAGUGGACGAGCCCUGCACCUGGGCGACGGAGCGGCGAAGGAAGAACGAGACAAACAAUUUGCGGCCCUCAAGGCAGGGAAGGGGCCCGUGCCGGACAAAUGGGCCGACGCCGACGUUCAAAGGAUGGUCUAUGGUUUCGACUGUAUGAAGGUGGCCGAAGAGUUGGCCCAGGCUGAAAUGAACGGCACGGCCUGA